AUGUCUGUUCGAAUCCAUCUUGACAGACCGCAUGCCCACUUCACGAACUUAGACUUCAUCACAGGGAGAGUCAUCCUUGUACUAGCUACCGAUACUCCCAUAUCGAGUGUUGUUGUAAAACUUGAAGGCGAGAGCAGGACCCGGCUUGCGGCUCCGAAAUAUCCCAAUAGUGACCGCAAUGAGAAGAAGAGGACGGAGGUGGAAUCACACAAACUCCUAUACAAAGUCCUUACCUUAUUUCCGGCCGAGGAUGCGGCUGAGCUCGUCGGAAAUAACAUGUACUAUACCCUUCCGCCAGGCCGUCAUGAAUAUCCCUUUCGGUUCAAAUUUCCCUUCAACAAUGACUGCAGUCAACAUAUGAGCACUAAUCUCAACAUGGGCGCGAUAAGACUAGAGGUUGCACGCGAUACGAAUAGACACGUCCGAAAGGCGCUUCCACCGUCACUGACGGGAUUUCCAGGCGAGGCGGAGAUUAGAUAUUAUGUGAAGGCGACGGUUGGGCGGCCACAAUUUUACAAGGAGAACUACAGAGGGUUCGCGGACGUCAAAUUCCUGCCAAUCGAACCUCCCAAGGCAACAGAAUCCGGUGCGGAGUCGUACGCUAGACGUCAGCAACAAUUUUCAAAAGCAGGCAACAUACAGAGAAAGAAGGGUCUUUUCGGAAAAUCUAGUCCACCGGCUUUGAUCGAUCUCGAGGAUGAACCUCCCAGAUUUUCAGUCGAUGCCAGAUUACCUAGUCCUCCAAUCAUCACUUGCAACGAACCACUUCCCUUACGAAUACUAGUAAAAAAACUCAACGAGAGCCCAGACACGAUCUUCUUGCAGAUGCUGCAGGUCGAAUUAAUCGCAUAUACGCACAUCCGGGCCCACGAUCUUGCCCGAUCUGAAAGCGGGAGCUGGGUUAUUGUCAGUCACAGUAAUAUGAACAUGCCACUUGGGGAUGGGAGUGCCCCCGCUGGGAAAGAGUGGAAAAUAGAUUCCAGCAUGUGGGAUCGUAUCCCAUUACCCAGCUCUGUGGCACCGUCCUUCGAUACCUGCAAUAUAUCACGGACGUACGAUUUGGAUAUACGAGUCGGGUUAACACAUGGAUCUUCCGGUGUAAUGAAGCCCGAGCUCAUCGUCCUUCCACUCCGGAUGGCCGUUCAAGUCUACUCUGGAAUAGCCCCUCCCCAAGCCCUCUUAGAUGCCAUCCGGCGGACACCUGGUAAGGCUAGCAAGGCAUCUGAUGAUCCGCCUCCCCAGCCUCCUCGGCCCGAAGUUGCCCCGACAGUUCCCCCUGUGCAGGACGAGUACGACGAUGCUCCUCCAAGUUAUGAAGACGCCAUGGCAGAUGCUCUUGGGCCAGUGGACGGCCCGCGGCGCGAGUAUAACCCCCCAGAGCCAGGAUCAUGGGCAGGGGCUGAUAAUAAGGGUUCAGCGAAAAAUAAUAAAGACGACGAGCGGCUCUUCCCCAAUAGCGACCCGCGGAAUGCAUCAACGGAGUCUUUCUUCGAUAGCUAUCAUGCGAAUGCGACUUCUCUGGAUGGACAUGGUGCUAACCGGCUGGCGCAAUCGACAUCAGCUGGGCAAGUUCAACAAACACAAGUUGUCUGGGAAACUCCAUCCCCGGCGCAACAACUACUACAGCUACCAAAGCCACCGCAGUCACCACAGUCACCACAAUCACCACAGUCACCACAAGCACCACAAACACCACAAGCACGACAGGAGCAACCACAACGAAGACCAAUGCCGUUCAUGGGAGUUCCCAGUAGAAAACCCGUACCUGGGGCGGGAAAACACUGAAGGCUCGGGAAUAACCCCUGGGAAUGUCUGAGUCCUUAUCCCACAGAAUAUAGUGGGACCAUCUGUCAUCUGGUGGAUGCGAGCGGCUAGAUAGAAUAUAGCAUUUGGGUGCGGUCAUGUCAUCGUCUCCAUCAAAUGUUUCAUUCCCUUUAUUUCCACAACCGUCUUUCCUUUGGUUUUUCUACCCAUAGUAUAUUUUUCUAUUUGGAUAACGACAUGUCAUGACAGCGAGAGCUCAGGGACUCGUAUAACGAAAGCGUUUUUUUAUUUUAUUUUAUUUCUUCUUUCCUCGCCUCCACUCAUUGGAUUU